AUGGGUGAAAAAUUAAAGCCUUGCGAUUUCUUUAAGUACACGAGUUUGCUUUUGAACGAGGCGAAUUUCAAGGAUAAAGAACGGGGAAUUAUUGAAUUGCGCGAAUUGGAGAAGCUCUUGGUCGAAAAAACUCCGAUACACCCGAUAGUCAGUAACUCAGGUCAGAUUUUAUCCGAUUGCUCUUUCAACUGGAUCUUGCGAUACUCGCGGAUUUGGGAACUAAAAGCUCUCGUCAAAACCUGGCCGAGAAGAUUACAAUCAUGGCGAAAAGCAACCGAGGAGACAAGAAGAAAAGACCAGUCCGAUUCCGCAAGCCCGAGCGAUCCUUCCGCAGAGCACAAUUAG